AGAAUCAAAUCUAUUCUAAAAUUCGAUUCUUCACCUUUGCUUCAUUCUUUUCACAUUAUUUUCUUGUGAGUCAAUUCAUCGGAUUGACUUGUUUAAGUCUUUAAGAUUGGCCAAUUUAUCUCAAGAUCGAUACUUUUUCAUUUUCUGUUUAUCUGAAACUUUUUCAUAAACUUUGCAGAAACUUCGUUCGGAUUUAUUCCGCUUUUUGUUUGACAGCUUAAGGGAGGCGGCAGAAAAUUUGAUGAUUGUAAAGAUUAUGCUAUUAGAGGAAUAUAAACAUUACUGUCAUAUUUUUAGAAUUUUCAUUUGAUACUUUUUUUGCUUACUGCAAUUAAGGGUUGUUAAAUCUUUUGUUGAGUAGAGUUGAGUUGAGUACAUAUGAAUUACGAUAGGGAGAUAAUUAUUCAUAGGGGCAGUGAAGAAGGUGAGGAACCAGCUCCAAAGAAAAAUAUUGGGGGGAAAACUAAAUCUAUACAUCCACCCCUUGAGUCUCAUUGGGUUCUCCCUGCUGAAAAACAAGACAAGGAUCGUGUAUCAACAAGGACAGGCAUCAAGACACUGCUAAUUUAUCCGAAGAAGGUUCGAGAGUCGUUGAAGAGAUUUGGGAGGAGCAAAAGCAUGAAAAAUCUCCUUCAAGGAACUCCUGAUCCAAAAGAUGAAGAAAUUGUUAAUUCUUUCCGCGAAUUGCUCUUUCUUGAGGGCCAGUUAACAACAAAGCACAAUGACUAUCAUACACUUUUGCGAUUUCUACGAAUGAGGGAUUUUGAUGUUACAAAAUCAAGAGAGAUGUUCUUGAAUUAUCUCAAGUGGCGCCAGGAUUUUAGAGUUGAUUCAAUUUCCAAGGAAUUUAAGUUUGAGGAGUUUAAGGAGGUCAAGCAAUGCUAUCCUCAUGGAUUUCAUGGAGUUGAUAAAUUUGGUAGACCAAUAUAUAUUGAACAGAUUGGGAUGGUAGAUCUAAAUGCCUUGCUUCAAGUAACCACAAUUGAAAGAUUUGUUAAGUAUCAUGUGUCUGAAAAAGAGAAAACAUUGAAUUUGAGAUAUCCUGCAUGUUCAAUUGCAGCCAAGAGGCAUAUAGCAUCAACCACAAGUAUAUUAGAUGUGAAGGAAGUGGGAAUGUCUAAUUUCUCAAAGCCUGCAAGACAGCUCUUUAUGGAAAUUCAAAGGAUUGAUAGCAAUUAUUACCCAGAGACUUUACACUGUCUCUUCAUAAUCAAUGCUGGGUCUGGGUUCAGGAUGCUAUGGAAAGUAAUCAAGGCCUUUCUGGAUGUACGCACAUUAGCAAAGAUUCAUGUGUUGGGACACAACUACCUCAGUAACCUGCUUGAACUUAUUGAUCCAAGUAAUUUGCCACGUAUUCUGGGUGGAAACUGCACAUGUUCUGAUUAUGGUGGUUGCCUGUUAAGUGACAAAGGCCCCUGGAAUAAUCCAGAAAUUACAGAAAUUCUUGAGGCAGUCUCCACAACAGAAGAUAUGGAAAAUUAUGGAGGAGACAAUGAUGAGCCUUUUGGAGAUGCUUUGUCGAAUCAUACGAAUGAAGAAGAUUCAGAAAGUGGAGAAACAUCAGAUAUUAAUGAGCUUGCAUUAGAGAAGAUCCAGGCAUUAGAAAGAGCAUUCGAGGACACCAAGAUGUUAUGCAUGACAGACAUUUCGGAAACUGGAAGCUGCAAUUGAGGACACCAAAAGUGUCUUCAAAAAAACUUUGCAGCAUGUAGAAAAAGUGAAAAUUUGAAAUAAGCGUUCUCAUCACUGUUUUUACUGAAAGCUGUAUUGAGGAGGUUUACAGCAGAUUCUGAUGGUUUUGCUGAGGCAC